AGGAGGAGCCGGAGCCGAACAGAGAGUCAGAAAGACACAGAGACACGAAGGAGAGACGGACGAGAGGUGCGGGGCCGGAGCCCCCAGGGGUGGAAGGUGUGGUCAGAAUCAGGCCCAGAGGCACGCGGAGUACGGGGGCUGCUCUCCUGGGCGUCCCGGGCUGGGAGCCUCCGCGGAGCAGCUGCUGUCCCUGGUGCUGCCUGGAGGGGCCCAGCCGGGACUGGAGGGGAGGGGCGGGGUGGAAGGGCUGGGGUCUGGGGGGGUAGUGUGGGUACUGGAGGGAAGGCAGCGGGAGGGGCCUCUCUCACUUUGGAAGGGAGCUGGACAAGGUGCCUUUGGGCUGGAGGUGGGGUUGCAGGCCUCGGGGCGGAGCCUGGGUUAACCGCUUCUCUCUGCGGCUGGGCUGGGGGUGGGGCUGCUGGGGAGCCUCUCCCGCCUCAUCUCCCGUCCCUUCCAGUCCCUUUCGGGAGGGUGGCCGAGGCCUUUCCAGCCGUGCGCCUCGUCCUCUGCCGGAGGUGGGGAUGUUCCCCUUAGCUGGCUGAGGUUAGCAGCCCCAGGGUCCCCCUCCUGCGUCCCUAGUCUCCUGCGGUAUUAAUGGUGAUGUCUGGGGCUUCGCAGCCUGAUAGGUUUGGGGCGUGGAAACUGGCGGGCUGGAGGCCCCUCCCGCUCCCUCCUCUGCGGCACGCGCGGCGGACCGAGGGAGGAGGGGCAGAAAGGCCAGCUCCGGCCCCCGGGGUUUUCCGUCUGCUGAUGCCACGAGCAGCCUCUGCGCAGCCUGUUAGGGAUUCCCCGCUUCUGCAUGGAGCACUCUUGUUUCGCGCUGUGAACAUCAGGCUGAGCUGGGGGCGGGGCGUGGGAGGACGGCUGCCUCUGCAGCCCCUGCCAGGCUCCACUGGGAAUCAUCCUGGUGCAGGAAGACGUCCCAUGUUCACCCGCUGCAGCGCCCGGGCCACGGUGUCCACAGAGGGGCCGAGGCCCCUCCACCUUCUCAGUGGCCACGCUCCUCAGAGCUGGCGGGGGUGUCAUGGGGGAGGGCGCGGUCGGGCUCCGCUCUUUGGGGUUGGCAGGGCAGGGGUGGCCUCUGGGGGGGCCGGGCAGGAUCUCCUUUCACCUCCUUCCCUGUGUCCCCGUGUGGCUGUCCCGAUAGGUGCCCACGGCCUGCGAGAGGAGCCCGAGUUCGUGACCGCGAGGGCCGGCGAGAGCGUGGUCCUGCGAUGCGACGUGGUCCACCCGGUGACGGGGCAGCCCCCGCCCUAUGUCGUCGAGUGGUUCAAGUUCGGGGUGCCCAUCCCCAUCUUCAUCAAGUUUGGCUACUACCCGCCCCAUGUGGACCCUGAGUAUGCAGGCCGCGCAAGCCUCCACGACAAGGCAUCCCUGCGGCUGGAGCAGGUGCGCGCCGAGGACCAGGGCUGGUACGAGUGCAAGGUGCUCCUGCUGGACCAGCAGUACGACACCUUCCACAACGGCAGCUGGGUGCACCUCACCAUCCACGCUCCUCCCACCUUUACAGAAACACCCCCCCAGUACAUCGAGGCCAAGGAGGGCAGCAGCAUCACCAUGACCUGCACAGCUUUUGGGAACCCUAAGCCCAUCGUCACCUGGCUGAAGGAGGGGAUGCUGCUAGGUGCCAGCGGCAAGUACCAGGUGAGUGACGGCAGCCUGACGGUGACUUCGGUCAGUCGGGAGGACAGAGGUGCCUACACCUGUCGCGCGUACAGCAUCCAGGGGGAGGCCAUCCACACCACCCACCUGCUCGUCCAAGGACCUCCCUUCAUCGUCUCCCCUCCUGAGAACAUCACUGUCAACAUAUCCCAGGAUGCUCUGCUCACCUGCCGGGCAGAGGCCUAUCCCGGCAACCUUACCUACACCUGGUACUGGCAGGACGAGAAUGUCUACUUCCAGAAUGAUCUGAAGCUGAGGGUGCGGAUCCUGAUCGACGGGACCCUGAUUAUCUUCCGGGUGAAGCCUGAGGACGCGGGGAAGUAUACCUGCGUCCCCAGCAACAGCCUGGGACGCUCGCCCUCGGCCUCGGCGUACCUGACCGUGCAGUACCCAGCCCGCGUCCUCAACAUGCCCCCCGUGAUCUAUGUGCCUGUGGGAAUUCAUGGCUACAUCCGCUGCCCUGUGGACGCAGAGCCACCGGCCACCGUGGUCAAGUGGAACAAGGACGGCCGCCCCCUGCAGGUUGAGAAGCAGAACCUGGGCUGGACCCUGAUGGAGGACGGCUCCAUCCGAAUCGAGGAGGCCACAGAGGAGGCUCUUGGCACUUACACCUGUGUGCCUUACAACACCCUGGGGACCAUGGGCCAGUCCUCCCCCGCGAGGCUCGUCCUGAAGGACCCCCCGUACUUUACGGUGCUACCAGGCUGGGAGUAUAGGCAAGAGGCCGGCCGGGAGCUGCUCAUCCCCUGCGCUGCCGCCGGGGACCCCUUCCCUGUCAUCACGUGGAGGAAGGUAGGGAAGCCCAGCAGAAGCAAGCACAGUGCCCUGCCCGGCGGGAGCCUGCAGUUCCGCGCCCUGAGUAAGGAGGACCACGGGCAGUGGGAGUGCAGCGCCACCAAUGUGGUCACCAGCAUCACUGCCAGCACCCACCUGACUGUCGUCGGCACCAGCCCCCAUGCCCCGGGCAGUGUCCGGGUCCAGGUCUCCAUGACAACUGCCAACGUGUCCUGGGAGCCAGGCUACGAUGGAGGAUUUGAGCAGACAUUCUCUGUUUGGUACGGACCUCUGAUGAAGCGGGCACGGUUUGGGCCCCACGACUGGCUGUCCCUGCCUGUGCCUCCGGGACCCAGCUGGCUGCUGGUGGAUGCCCUGGAGCCCGAGACAGCAUACCAGUUCAGUGUCCUGGCCCAGAACAAGCUGGGCACCAGCGCCUUCAGUGAGGUGGUCACUGUGAACACUUUAGCAUUCCCUGUCACAACUCCAGAACCCCUGGUGCUGGUUACCCCACCGAGGUGCCUCACAGCCAACCGGACCCAGCAGGGUGUGCUCCUGUCCUGGCUCCCACCUGCCAACCACAGCUUCCCCAUCGACCGCUACGUCCUGGAGUUCCGCGUCGGAGAGCGCUGGGAGACGCUGGAUGACGCCAUACCUGGCACUGACGGGGACUUCUUUGCCAGGGACCUGUCCCAGGACACGUGGUACGAGUUCCGGGUCCUGGCUGUCAUGCAGGAUCUGAUCAGCGAGCCCAGCAACAUCGCCGGCGUCUCCAGCACAGACAUCUUCCCGCAGCCGGACCUGACCGACGAUGGCCUGGCUCGGCCGGUACUGGCUGGAAUCGUGGCCACCAUAUGCUUCCUGGCUGCGGCCAUCCUGUUCAGCACCCUGGCCGCCUGCUUUGUCAACAGGCAGCGCAAGCGGAAGCUCAAGCGCAAGAAAGACCCUCCACUCUCCAUCACGCACUGCAGGAAGAGCCUGGAGUCUCCCUUGUCCUCCGGCAAGGUCAGCCCCGAGAGCAUCCGCACACUCCGUGCCCCGUCCGAGUCCUCCGACGACCAGGCCCAGCCGGCGGCCAAGAGGAUGCUGAGCCCCGUGCGGGAGAAGGAGCUGUCCUUGUACAAGAAGACCAAGAGGGCCAUCAGCAGCAAGAAGUACAGCGUGGCCAAGGCGGAGGCCGAGGCGGAGGCCACCACGCCCAUCGAGCUCAUCAGCAGGGGCCCCGACGGCCGCUUUGUGAUGGACCCCUCCGAGGUGGAGCCCUCUGCGAAGGCUCGGCGCAUUGAGGGCUUCCCCUUUGCAGAGGAGACUGACAUGUACCCUGAGUUCCGCCAGUCGGAUGAGGAGAAUGAAGACCCGCUGGUGCCCACGUCUGUGGCUGCCCUCAAGUCCCAGCUGACCCCUCUGUCAUCCAGCCAGGAGUCCUACCUGCCACCACCAGCAUACAGCCCUCGGUUCCAGCCCCGCAGCCUGGAGGGCCCUGGCGGCCUGGAGGGCCGGCUCCAGGCCACUGGCCAAGCCAGGCCGCCCGCUCCCCGGCCCUUCCACCACGGCCAGUAUUACGGGUACCUCAGCAGCAGCAGCCCUGGGGAGGUGGAGCCGCCGCCCUUCUACAUGCCGGAGGUGGGCAGCCCCCUGAGCUCUGUCAUGUCCUCGCCACCUCUGCACACCGAGGGGCCUUUCGGCCACCCCGCCAUCCCCGAGGAGAACGGAGAGAACGCUUCCAACAGCACGCUGCCCUUGACUCAGACGCCCACCGGUGGGCGCUCCCCAGAGCCCUGGGGCCGGCCGGAGUUCCCCUUUGGGGGAUUGGAGACCCCGGCCGUGGUGUUCCCCCACCAGCUGCACCCGUGUGAUGUGGCUGAGAGUCUGCAGCCUGCGGCCGGCCUCCCCCGAGGACUGCCGCCCGCCUCCCUGCCGGUGCCCGCAGCCUACCCGGGCAUCCUGUCUUUGGAGGCGCCCAAGGGCUGGGCUGGCAAGGCGCCGAGCAGAGGCCCUGCCCCAGUGCCCCCCGCCGCCAAGUGGCAGGACAGGCCUGUGCAACCUCUGGUGAGCCAAGGGCAGCUGAGACACACCAGCCAAGGCAUGGGCAUACCCGUGUUGCCUUACCCCGAGCCGGCCGAGCCGGGGGCGCACGGCGGCCCCAGCGCGCUGGGCCUGGACACCCCGUGGUAUGAGCCUCAGCCCCGGCCCCGGCCCAGCCCCCGGCAGGCCAGGCGCGCCGAGCCCAGUUUACAUCAAGUGGUGCUACAGCCCUCCCGGCUCUCGCCUCUGACCCAGAGCCCCCUCGGCUCGCGCACCAGCUCCCCCGAGCUCGCCGCGCGGGCCCGGCCGCGCCCCGGCCUCCUGCAGCCCGCCGAGGUGUCGGAGACCGCCCUGCAGCCGCCGGCUGCCGUCAGCUUCUCGCGCAAGUCCACGCCGUCCACGGGCUCCCCGUCCCAGAGCAGCCGCAGCGGCAGCCCCAGCUACCGGCCCACCGUGGGCUUCACCACUCUGGCCACGGGCUACCCCUCCCCUCCGCCAGGCCCCGCGGGGCCUGUGGACCACUUGGAUGUGUUUGGACAGACGCCUUCCCCUCGGAGGGUGGGGGAGGAGCUGCUCAGACCGGAGCCGCCCCCGCCACCGUUACCUACCGCAGGGACACAUCCACCUGCUCCUGGGAAUGCUGCUGUACCUGAGAGGCUGGAGGCUCUGAAAUACCAACGGAUAAAGAAGCCCAAAAAGUCAUCCAAGGGCUCCUCGAAGUCAAAGAAACGAUCCGAUGGUUCUGCCUCCCAGGCUCAGAACCUUCCAAACUCUCAGGUCCUGUGGCCCGACGAAGCUGUCUGCCUCCGGAGGAAGAAGAGACAUUCCCGGCCCGACCCCUUUGCCCGACUCUCAGACUUGUGCCACCGCCAGCUUCCGGAAGACCAGACGGCAAUUCUCAGCAGCGUGGAGCAUGAUGAUCCUGGCCACGCCACUUUGCUGUGAUGCCACAACUUAAGCGUCCCCUGGGCAAGGAUGCUGGCCGAGGGGCAAGGGUGGGCACGGGCGAUGGGUGUGCGGGGCUUCGUCCUCUCCUGCCAGUGGAGGGGUGGCCUGGUCGUUAGUUUCCAGGGCUGCUCAGACCCUGGUUCUGCUUGUUCUCCCUCUGGCCUGAGCGGGUGUCUCCUCUGCAUCCUGGCCUGCUGGCCUCGUGUCCAGCAGAGAGGGCUGAGGGCAGACCGGCCGCCGUGGCUGUGUGUAGAGCUCGGGAAGUGAACUGGGGACAGGAAGAGCUAUGCCUCCUCCCCCGCCUUCCCCUCUUCACUGGAUGGAUUUUUCCCACCUCCUCAAAUAUCUCUGGAGUGCAAAAGAGGAAGCAAUGGCUCUCACUGCUGUCUGCUUCUGUUCAGUUUCUCAAGUCCUGAAAGAGGGCUGGACUUCCUGCCAUCUUCCAGACUCUACAUAUAUAUAGAUAUAGAUGCAACUGCGUAUGUGUGGAGUUUGUGGGUUUCUUUAUGUAUAUAUAUGUACGUGGAAGCAAACGCUGUUUACUUCUGUGGUCAAUGGAAGGAGGAGGGAGAGGGCAGCUGGCAUGUGGGCUUUGUGAGGGGCUCGCGGGGGCCCUGUUGUCUCUAUCUCGGGAAUGAGUCCUUCUGAAGUGGGAUUCAUGCCUUCUCAGCUGAAUUCCCCGUUUGUCUUGACCUUCUCCCAUUCAGAGUGGUUCCUGCUGCCUGCUUUGGGGGGGUUCAGCAGUGAGUUACCACAGAACUAAACACAGCCUUUAUUUCUUGGUUCUGGGUGAAGAAGGGUGGCUGGUGAACGGCCAGGCAGGCAUCUCUCUUCGUUCCAUGGUUUGGCUCAGAAGUAGAAACUGCUUAGCAGCGGGGCCGGGAGGUGGCCCUGUGCUCAGACUCAAGCUCAUCGUCAGCCCCUUGGUCCAGCCAGGCUUGGAGCCCUGUGGCCGAGGGCCUCCCACUCUGGAGCCAUCUGUGCCGAGCACCAGGCGCCGUGGCUCUAUUUAUAUCCCAGCCUGGCUCCGCACCCUCUGGAGCGCUGUUCCAAAGCCCUGAUUGGAUUCCUCCUUUCCUUUUGUGGGAGCUAAUUCCCCAGAUUGAUUAAUUGCCACGUGUGGGGAGCCCGCCCGCGCUCAUCUCCAUGCUUCCCACGUGCAGCCCGCCGCAGACCUGAGUUCCCACAGGAUGGGAUCAGAUAAAGCUGGGGGGCCUCAGAUUCUGGGUUCUGGGGGUGCUCAGGCCCCUAUUCCCCCAGGUCUGUUUAUAUAGAACUGGCUGAGGCCUGGGAGUGAAGCUGGAAGGGGUGGGAGGCAGGAGCCAGGCUCCAUCCUUUCCCUGCCGAAUUCUUGUCCUAACUCAGACUCUUAGCACCCAGAAGCUUCUGCGAGGUCGUCUUACAGCGACUACAGAUGUAUCUCUCUCUUCCAGUAAGGUAACGGCGCUGCCCUUGACAGGGCAGAAGGCCUCAGUGUGGCUGGGGUGCGUCUGGCGUCUUUCUCCUCCUCUCGUGCAGGAGCCUGCUCUUCCGGCCACCCGAGAAUCGAGGGGGCUAUCAGGUUCCGCCAAGUACUUCCUUCUUGGUGCUGCUGUCUUGGUGGGUUUGGGGACAUCCCUUGUCCCCAGAUACCUGCUUGGAUGUUGGCCCAGCCAAAGCACUGGAGACUUCUGUGGCUCUCAGCCCGGUGACCCAGGCGAGGCGGCCCGAGAGCAGGCAGCUGCACAUCCCUGGGAGCUUCCAUCCUAGGGGUGAAUCCGCUGCCACGCAGACCCGCCCCGUGCUUCCUUCUCUUGCCCAGCGAGUGGGGACCAAUUCCACCCUUGAGGCUCUGCCUCAGAAGUCACAAAAACCACAGUUUCUUUCCAAACGCGACACAUUGUGGAGAAAGGAGUGGCAGGGGCAGCACUUGUGGCCUCGCCGUGUCCACUGCCCAGCCCCCGGGUGGAGCCUGCGCCAUCAGUGCACUUCGCUGGGCACCAAGUCCAAGUCCAAGCCACCCUCCGGGCGGCAGCUCCAGCGAAGCAGCGACUCUGCUUCCUUCCUGAGGCAGCACUACCUCUGCCACCGUGCCCGACAGGGGACACAUGGGCACCUCCUCUGGGCCCUGGGGUCGGUUGUGGCCUUUGUGCGUACUCUCAUGGUGGCUGUUUCUCGAGCAGAGCAGAUCCUGCUGGACUGUACGUGAGACGUCAGGGCUGUGUGUCUUCAGGGUGAACUAGGCCACCCUUUCUGAGCCCCGUGCUGGGACUGCAGGCCCCGAGGUUACAACAGAAGAGGAGAUAGGGGAAGGCUCUGCUGCUUUACGGUGGCAUACAGGGCCCCGCCCGUGAGCCAUCCCCAGUGGUGACAAAGGUGCUGACUUCUUCCUUCCUUCCUUCCUUUCUCUGGCUGUGCCCUGUACCUCAGCAGAUAAGACCAAAUGGUUGGAGCUGUGCUUUUUGCUGGCCACUGGGUGGCAGCUGGGCUGGGUGUCCCCAAAGCUGGGGAAGGACAUAAGGCCGACCUAUCUCUCAACAGCUUCGGACUCAUUUCUCCUCCCAAGAGGGCCUCCUUCUUGUGACAGUGUGCAUGGAGACUGGCAGCCUUGCUGCACCUUGGGGAGCUGGUUCAGUGCUUCCUGUAAGGAUUGCGAUGGAAACUGGCAGAAUACAUUUCCCUCUGUCCACGAGACGGAGACAGGGAUGUCACAGGCACACACUGAAGUGCUGAGUGUGAGCAUGUGCGAGAGGGUGUGCUCGUGAAUGUCUGCAUGGUGGGGUGCAGCCGUUUCUAAGGACCAGAUGUCCUUUGCGCUCUGCCCUUGAACAACUGCAGUGACGACUCUGAAGCUUCCUCUGACUUUCACGCUUCAGUCCAUGGGAGAUCAGGUGUCUUCCAAACUGCCCCUUGGAUGAUCUGGUAGCCUUGCAUAGAAGUAACCUGCCCCUUCGUCCUGCAUCUUGCCCGGAGACUGCAGCUGUUUCAGGUUAGGUGACUUGGAGCCCGGGGAAGGGGUAAGGUGAUGCCAUAAGCUGUUUAAUAAGGAAAGUGGGUUUCCUGUUUCUUGAUUCCCUGGCUGACCAGCUGGGGUUGAGUGUGGGCCCCACCCAGCACGCGGUGGUCAACUUUGUCUGUGAGCUCCCAGCCUGUCUCCCUCAGCUUUCCUCAGAGACACGGGUCUGAGAGGCCUUCUGAGACUCCGCUUUCUCCAGGGGAAGGAUGCUUCAUCCCACAGGGCGGGCAGGGUCUGCGCCCCCUUUGAGGAGGAGCCCAUGUCCCACGGUCGUGUGCAGGGGGGUGUCUCAAGCAGGGGUGAACUGGAGUCAUUAUUAAUAUUUUUCAAUACUGUCUUUAUUUUUGAUUUGAGAUCUAAAAUAUUUGGGGUUAAACUGAUUUCACCUGUUUUCCUUUGCCCUUUUCAUGCAGAGGAAACCUGGUAGGAUUCACAGGUGAAAUUUCCUGACUAGGGUUUUUUUUUUUUUAAAGGUUGACAAGAUAGCUUCAGGGAGGAAACAGACUUCACAGAGCAUCAGGGCGACUUUGUCACUCACCAGGAUUAGAAUUCGGGGCCAAGGUGUGCAUAGUUGGAGCUGUUUCUUCCAAUUUUGUUAGAAAAAGCCUUUUGGUGGAUUGGGGUGGGCUGGGGGAAGGAACUGUAAAGUACAUUUUAUUACUAUGUAGAGAAACACAGGGAAAGAAAAGCUCAUGGUUAAUCCGAGGCUUGCUUUGCUUGCAUGUGACAGAGCUUUCGGCAGGGGCAUCAUAGGGAUUGUUGGGGAACAGCAGGAAGGUAGAGUUCCUGGGGGCUCCCCUGAGUUUGUCCCCCAGCCCCUCUGGGAAGCGGGCAUCCAUGGCUCAGUUCUACCUUUCUAUCUUCAAAAUAAAGGGAGGCUGGAGGCUUGGAGCCCCGUGGGUCUGCAUUGUUGCUUUGAGGAGAGGACCCAGGAGUGUUUUGGGAAGGGCGUUAGAAAGCUGGAGUGUGGAGAGGAGGUCGGCUUUCCGCCGCGUGUCUGUAAGGCCGGAAGGGGAGUAGGCAGCCAGGUCGGCCCCGGAGUGGGAGGCGGGGAUGGAUGUGACAGUAAGACCAAAGCCAGGGACAUCAAGCUUACCUUUCUCUCUGGACACAUGGUAACUUAGUUACUAUUCAGGGUGCCGUGUACAGGUUGGGCGUGGAAGAGAAAGAGGAGAGGCUGCCCUGGGCUGGGGUGGGCUGGGGGUGGAGGCAGUGAAGACCUUUGCGGGGGGCGAUGCAGUCAUUGAAAGAAGCCUGGGGGUGAGUCUUGGAUCCCGAAGGGGUCUUGCUUCUUGGCUGGACCUCCUUGCCCCCUCUAGAGUCAGCCUAUGACGCUGAGUGCCCAAACCAAGCAUGGAUGUAUUCUCUGUGAUGUCAGUUUGUGGGGACUCCUCAGGCCCAAAGCUGGGAGACUUGUCUUGAGGUCCCUGUGCUACCAGCAGCUCUGUGUUGGUGGAGAAGGAAGAACUGUUCUUAGGGAUUUGCGUCUGUUCUCAUAAGGAGAAGGGCAGGUGGCCUCUUCCAUGAUCUGAAACUGGUCCUGAGACAGUGUCGCUGGGGGUGGAGAGGAGGGACUGAGGCUGGGUUACACCUUUCCUCCUGAGGGGGCAAGACUGCUGCAGAUCACAGAGCUACACAGUGGCUUUCGUCCUCACCUUCUCUUCUUUGAUGGGAUGAAAGCUACCAGUCUGGUGGACGUAGGAGGGUGAAAGGGUUCACCCUGAAAUCAGACCAGCCAUUCCUCUGUCCUCUUUGAUGUCUCCAAAUCUGCCUCCUUUCACAUCAAGGGGCAGAAUUUAAAAAGUUGAUAAACCAAGGAUCAAUGCCCAGAUUGGACUUCAGCGCUUUAGCAGCUCGAUGUUUGGUUAGGGGUGUCCAUCACCACCCCCUCUGACUGGCAGUGAAUCCACACUGGUCCAGUGCUUUAUGUAUGGCCCCCGUCUGUGCUUUCAAAUAAGUUUUUCAUGAGCAAGCAUAAUAUUUUGUUUGUUGGGUUACUGAGCGGGUAGAAGUGUUUCUAUGACCCAUUUUAAGCUAGAAGAAUAAAUCAAUAGGUUGACUCUUAUCCAAAGACAUUCCCACACCCCAAGGGUUUCUGUGUAGGAUGAGGAAAAGUGAGGCAUAAGUGCAAACAUCACUGCUGGCUGCCCAUACGUUCUAGAAGAGCUGGUGCAUCUUGACUCCUAAAUACUCUGGUAGAACAGCAGCCAUUAAUAAAAUCACUUGGACAGUCUCCUCUGUGGUGGGUCAGCAGUGGUAGUUAGGGUUUCCGAAGAAGGCUGAUGAAACAGUCAUUAGCUUCAGAUCACUGGCUGGGAGAGCUGGACUGGGGGGGUUAGGGAGAAAUGGUACAAGUCCUCAGUUCCUGUCCCUGGUCCUUUGCCAUCUGUCUUUCCCAUCCCACUUGAUGGUGACAUGAAUGGCUGCUGGGCCUCUUUUGGAGCUUGAAGGAAUGUGCUCUACCAAUCCCUCCCCUCCCUGGCACUGGAUUCCCCGUCUUUAUUUUAGGACCCAGGCCACACUCUCCCUUCCGCCCCAUAUACACACCAGUUACUUCCUUUUCCUUCCUAUCCCACUUCACGGCUCCAGGGAGCCUGACCUUGUGCAUGGUUUACGAUGGGGAAGUGGUUGGGUGGGGAAGGGAAUCUGAGAGGGGAGAAGGUUUGGGCUGGGGAGGGGGGAUUUGCAUUUUCAGCCUUACAAACUCUGCGAGCAUGCUUUUGAUGAUGUGCAACAUACGUAGAAGGAAGGGGCAAAUGCCAACUUUCCUCCUAUUGGUUGAUGAGGGCUUAGGGGCUUUUUGGUCCUUCUUGGCUUAUGGCAUCUAAGAGACCUUGUUUCUGGUGUGGGGAGUAGACCUCCUGACGGCCAUCUUGCAGUCUUUGGAAGGGAAAUUGUCAGUCAGUCUCAACGAAUAUUUCUAUUGCCUACUGCGAACCAAGAGGGGUCUGUUGUGAGCAGACAGUGUCCAGGCUGGGGCAGAGAGGUGGGAUUGUCUCACAUGUCUCUCUGCAGUCACCAGGCUAUCUCCCUGGUCUCUAGCCCCAGCCAGCUGUCUUGUCCAUGUUCCUUUCCUGGGCUCAGGAAGAGAGAGAGAGAGAGAGAGAGAGAGAGAGAGAGAGAGAGAGAGAGAGUCCCUGCACGCAUGCAUGUGGUAUGUGACGUUUGUAUGGUGUGUGUGUGUGUGGUGUGGUGUGGUGUGUAUGUGUGUGUACCUAUGCAUGUAGUAUGUGGUGUGUUGUGUAUGGUAUGUUUGUGGUGUGGUGUGUAUGUGGUAUGUAUUUGAGUGUGUAUAUGUGUAGAAGAGAUUUGUAGGGACACACUAAUUGGCCUGAGUAGCCUCAGGCCUAGGAGAUCCUCUUUUUGGUUGACUCUUUCUUUGCGAGGCAGCUCCUACUUCGGUAGGAGGAUGAAAUGAGGAAUAUACCACCUUUAGUGUAUUUUUUAUGGAGAUUGUGUAUAAAAUUAUAUAAAUAUAUAUAAUUUGUUCUAUUUUAAGGAGAGAGGGGAGCUUAUGUAAGCGGGGGUGGGUGCAGGGAUAGAAUGCAAUAGUCAUGAUUGGGAGGCUUCAGGUAGUGGGACAUCUGGGGAGUGGGAAAUGGGAGGGCAAGAGACUAAAGCCGGGCGAGAGGAUCGGGGACUCAUGCCCUCGGCACACAUAUAUAAAUGGGCAGAAAGCCUCUAUAAGGUCUAUCUACCUAGCUUGUCUAUAUCUCUACACGCGGUCACAGUUGGCUUUAUUUUUGUACUUGUGCUUAGAGUCGUGUGGGCAGGACCACCUGGGGUGACCUGGGAUUCUAGCUCAUGCCUUGGUGCCCCCCCCUUCACCAUCCAUCCUCCAUGCCUCGUCUUUUGAGACACUCUCUGUUCAGAGUUGCUUGGGUCUUUCUGAUGGAAAUGUGUAUGUAAAAGUUUAAAAAGUAAAAAAACAAACAGUGCUCCCGCAGAGAGGACGAGUGAGCCGAGGGUUGUGGGAAACUACUGGAUCUGAUAGUCCUGGAGAGCCAGGAUCCACAGCGUCUCUUGUUACUGGGAGGAGACGCUGCGGCUUGAAAGCUUUGGCACAGGUGCAUAAUACAGUGAGUGUGGAGAGGGGAAGACUCUGAGUCCAUCCCCAUAUUGCUGGGGGUGGUGCCCUCAUCGAGGUUACCUGGGGGCUGACAGCAGUACCUAUCCUGGUUUGCAGCACUUUGACGCAAGCACCCCUGCAGGCAUCUCAGGAGAGUUCUGUGAGGCCGAUGGCAUGGGCUUGGUCUUGGAGAACACCCUGGUCAUUCUUGCUGCAGGUUCUUGGAGCCAGUGUGGGUGUAGUGUCUGGUAGAAAUACAUCAUAGACGCUUUUUCCAGUUAUUAUUUUAAUUGGAAAAUAGGUGGCAUUGGAAACAGAAUGGUCCAAUCCUGGGACACUGAGUGGAGGAGGAGAAGUGGGAGGAGAACCUGGGGCGUAAUGGGGAGGAUGGGGCCGCUGGACCCUCCUUCUGGCACCUGGCCUGGGACUUCCGGAACUGAACAAUGUAUCAGUAGGGUCUGACCCAGAACUGGAGAUUCUGGGGAGUAGGCACUCAGUGGCACUUGAGCAAGAAACUUUGUGUGCCCUGAAGAAUACCUCGCUGAGAACUCAAGACCUCAAAUAUGCUGCAAGGACCACGUACCCUGCAGCCUCAGCAAUUGUCUCUGGGUGCUAGCUUUUUUGUCGACUUGCCAAGAGCUCAGAGUGAUGUGUUUGAAGCUGGUCCAGGGCCAAAUGGUGCAGACAGCCAGGAGAGACCUGUGGAGGCAGUCUCUCUGCCCACACCCUGCUGGUCAACUAAAAAAAUGCAAUACUAACCCCUCCUCCCCAACUAGAGUGUCAUGCUAGCCAAGAGCUUUUGUCUUAUGGAGUCUGGUCAUUAGAGGAAUUCAGAUACCUCAGCCAUGGGAAGCAUUUUUUUACAUUUGGGAUAUUAAUGGGAAGAGUAGGUAGGGGUGGAGCUUGAGUUUGACUCCUGACCCUUCUCCCACCAUACUGUAGACUUAAGGGGCCCUGGCAUUCACUCAGGCACUGUCCUUAGUCCCUUGCAUUCCUGCUCAAGACAUUCUCAUUUCCCAAGGAUACUGAAGGAAAAUGGGCUCUGUCCAUGCAAUACCGGGGGAGCUCCAACACUGGGUCCCACUGGCUGUAUGUCCAUCCUUGGCAGGUAACUAAUCUUUCCUGCAGUCUUCUCAGGAGGCCAAAGGAGGAUAUGGCCAGAUGUUUCUUGUAAGAUUUUUCAGGGAGGUUGAACAAGAGGAAAAGCAGCACAUUCUAUGUCCCUUCCCGGCUUGCACCCUUUUCCAACCUGCCAAAAACUCCACACCAAGAGGGCUUUCCAUUACUGUUUUUUUUUUUUUUA